CUCUCUCUCAUCACAAACUACCCAACAACAAUUUCAUCAGAAACUAUAGAGCUUUUUGGUUAUCUUUCUGUACACCGAAAAUGGUUGCCCAAGAAACCUACCAGAACCCAACUGUUCUUGAAGAAAAAACCGAGCAGUUUCAAGAUCAAGAUCCAUAUGAAGCAGAGGAAACACUCUCACUUUGUGAUCUUCCCACACACAGUGACUCAGCUCAUUGGGAUGACUGCUCCAAGGAGUAUCAGAGCUCAUCCUUUGACAAUGAUGAAGACAACUUCUUUGAGUUUUUCAGCGAAGAGUUCACAGCCUCAACGUACCCAUCAUCAGGGAAGGACAUCAUCUUCUGUGGAAAACUCAUCCCCUGCAAGGAAGCACCAAAAAGCUUUGAAGCAGAGAAAACCCACCACCAGGACAAGGAAAUUGGCAGCACAAAACGCAUCAGAAAAGGGUUUUUCAGGUCAUGGAGGUCCUGCUCUUUCCACAAGACAAGCAAGUCCUUCAACUCCAAAAUCUCAAAGCCUGCGCUGCAAGGCAAAGACCCUAGGAGCAUGAAUACCUGUUUGUCAUUUCCCACAUCGAAAAGUUACAGAAAGUGUGAGCUUUCUAAAGUGUCCAUACUUUCAAGCACCCCAUCGAAGUCAAAGUGGUAUCUUUUUAUGUUUGGCAUGGCCAGGUUUCCAACGGAGAUGGAGCUCAGGGACAUUAGAACAAGGCAGAGCAGGAGGAGCCCAUCAACCAUGUUUAGGUCUUUUGAUGAAGGCAGUGAUCAAAUGGAGGGGCAGAAGGGUAAUAUGGGAAGGAAAAGUAGUAACAAGGCCAAGGGAUUGUGGGGGCUGCUGAGAGCUGUGGGGUGUAGGAUUAGCCAGCCAAACACUGUCGUAAAGGCAGGCUUCCUUUAGCUGAGUUCAAGUUCAAGACAUGCCAAGAUUGACUUUACUUAAUUGCUCACAUGUGUCUAGUGGAUAGAGUAGAAGAAUAUUAUAGUGACUCUCAAAGACAUUUUUGCAAUAUUGGGUUCCAUAUUUUGUAAUCUAAUUUUUUUAUGGAGGAAACGAAUAUGAUCAAUUUAGAACCUCAA